AUGGCCCAGCGGUUCGGCGCGUCGUCUCUUCACCAGCGCGACUCCCGCUCCGCCCUCUUCGAAGGCUACACCGGCGGCGAGCACACUCCACGCGGCCACAGCCCCAACCCCUACAACGCGGGCUACGCGGCGGCAUACCCCAACGGCGGCUACGGCGAGCGACACGGCUACAGGGCCGCCACGCCAAACAGGAAGGGCCAGUACAGCGAUGCCGUGUUCAACGAGCUGGAGAGCCAGAACGAGGACCAGGUCGCCGGGAUACUGGGCAAGGUCCGCACCCUGAAGCAUAUGACGGUGGCUAUCGGCGACGAAAUCCGCGAGUCCUCCGCCCUGGCGGAUAAAAUGAACGACGCCUUUGACGACGCGAGGAUGCGCGUCAGGGGCACCAUGAAUAGGAUGAAGAUUAUGGCCGAGCGGACGGGCGUGGGGUGGAGGCUGUGGCUGCUGUUCUUUGCCGCCGUCGGCAUGCUCUUCUUUUACGUGUGGUUGUUCUGA